UUAAAGACUCCUGAAAAUCUGGCCGCUGCUAAAUGUCCUCGUACAAAUGAGGAGAGCUCUGUUGUUGAGGACUCCCAGGCUUUAGAUGCCUUAUCAAAAAGAGUGAAGACAAAGGGUUCUGUGCCUCUUCAAGUAACAUCAGCUUCAGUUAAAAGAGAAGUAAAGCCAGGGGCUUUCGGCUUUGACAUGAAGGAGGAGCUUCUGGAUUUGCUGAAUCCUUGGCAUUGCUAUCAUCCCUUCAGAGGGAGCCUAUUUGAGCCAGAGGAUCCGAUUGGGUAUAAGCGCAAUGUUUUCAAGUGCUUUGGUUUGGACAUACAGAAAUUGGACAAGGAUUCAAAGCAUUUUUCUCCGCUUUGUGCUGCGGCUAUCUGCUUUGGGUUGGAGUGGACCCAGUGUCUGAACAAAACUUGGGGGGCAUUUGCUUGUGCUGGUAGCUGCCCAUAUUGGCUGGACAGUGGGAAAACUGCUCCAGGGAUUCCCCCAGGACUACCUCAUCAUCAAUCUACGGAUCAUGGUCCCAAGGAGUGUUUUGGGAAUGGACCUUUCCAUAUCAACCCGGCAGUUAUUGGAUUGGGAGGUGAUCCUUUCAGGCACUGCCCAUAUUGGCUGGACAGUGGGAAAACUGCUCCAGGGAUUCCCCCUGGACUACCUCAUCAUCAUUCUAUGGAUCAUGGUCCCAAGGAGUGUUUUGGGAAUGGACCUUUCCAUAUCAACCCGGCAGUUAUUGGAUCGGGAGGUGAUCCUUUCAGGCAGAUGGAUGAGAUCUUAAGUCAGAAGAUGUUCUUGGAGGUCUUCUCUGCGGAUUUCUUGUGCUUGGACCCCAAGAGAGCUGUGUCUGGACGUUUCGUUGUGGGAUCAUCAGUUCGAGUUGGAAAUUCCUCUCAAAGAAAAUUCAUAAUAUCAAAAGUAGGGGACAAGGCCUGGGUUGUGGGAGAGGGAGGUCUAGAGUUUGCGGAUAUGGCAUCUCUUUCUCGUUAUGCUUAA